ACGUCACCUUCUCCUGAGCCCUGGUGCUGCGGGUGCGGGCUCCUCUCUGGGGCGCGGUGCUCUGUGUGUCUGUGUCUGUGUGUGCGUGCGUGUGUCUGUGUGAGCGUGGUGGGAGAAGAACCCAGCCAGGCCGGAGGCAGCGGCUGUGACCCCGGGAGAGAGGACCAGGUGCCAGAUACGAAAGACCAAGGACAGCAGCAUCCUCUGGGCCAGCGCAGCAAUCUUCCUUCUAUCCAUCGCAGCUGGAGGACAGAGGAGGAUCAGGAGUUAAGGGCCAGGGGCCAGGGCCAGCAACAUCCUUCCAGCUGAAGCUGCGGAAGCGGCGGUGGAGAGGUAGGGGGCAGGAUGGCAGAGAGCGAGGCGGAGACCCCGAGCACCCCAGGCGAGUUCGAAAGCAAAUACUUCGAGCACCACGGGGUCCGGCUGCCGCCCUUCUGCAGGGGGAAGAUGGAGGAGAUCGCCAAUUUCCCCGUGAGGGAUAGCGACGUUUGGAUCGUGACCUACCCCAAGUCAGGCACGGGCUUACUCCAGGAAGUGGUGUACUUGGUGAGUCAGGGGGCAGACCCGGAUGAAAUCGGCUUAAUGAACAUCGAUGAACAGCUUCCUGUCUUGGAGUACCCUCAGCCAGGGCUGGACAUCAUCAAGGAGCUCACAUCCCCUCGACUCAUCAAAAGCCACCUCCCCUACCGCUUCCUGCCUUCAGACCUCCACAAUGGGGACUCCAAGGUGAUAUACAUGGCUCGCAACCCCAAAGAUCUGGUAGUGUCUUACUACCAGUUUCACCGCUCUCUGAGGACCAUGAGCUACAGGGGAACAUUCCAAGAAUUCUGUCGAAGAUUCAUGAAUGACAAAUUGGGAUAUGGUUCGUGGUUUGAGCAUGUCCAGGAAUUCUGGGACCAUCAUAUGGAUUCAAAUGUGCUUUUCCUCAAGUAUGAAGACAUGCAUCGGGACCUGGCGACCAUGGUGGAGCAGCUGGUGAGGUUUCUAGGAGUAUCUUAUGACAAGGCCCAGCUGGAGUCCAUGGUAGAACACUGCCAUCAGCUCAUUGACCAGUGCUGCAACGCAGAGGCCCUUCCUGUGGGGCGGGGAAGAGUCGGGCUAUGGAAGGACAUCUUCACUGUAUCCAUGAAUGAGAAGUUUGAUCUGGUAUACAAACAGAAGAUGGGAAAGUGUGAUCUCGUCUUUGACUUUUAUUUAUAAAAGAGAUAGAGAGAAAACUCAAACUACAAAAGCUUUGCAUGCUCACAGCACCCACGUCCUAUACGACUAGCUAGAAGCCCUUGAUGCGUCCCCUUAUGACUUGCUGGACAAACAUUGGUAGCUCUGUGUAAAACAACUGGAAAAAGCCAACAGCUAAGUAACUGUAGGUCACGUAAUUACCUUCAGUCCCAAGCAGCCCUUAACCUGUAGUGUUUGAAGUCCUUAUCUACUUGUAUGAACAUAAGCCGUUACAAAAACAUGCAGCUGUGUGGACUGUAUUAAAUAUAAGUACAAAGUAUGUAACAUAUAUGCAAUUAGAAUGUAUACCUUUUCAGCCCCAUCCUGAUUAUUUAUUGUAUUUUAUAGAGCUUUUCACCGAGACUCUGAAUAAACAUAGUAAACCAAAUAAAUGUUAAUUUCAGAGGGGAAUCAGUGAUAAGCCCAAACAGAAUUCUAGAAAGAUCUCAGGGGUUAACUGUUGUAUUUAUUUUUGUAGUUUUAUCAUAAAGGGCACAAUUAUCUGGUUCUAGAUGAGUAAUGGCUCCAAGCUGGAGAGUGGGGAUGGGGUGAGAGUCGGGAAGAGAGCUCUUCCUGCUUUGAUUUUUCUAGGGCUCGGUCUUUAGUGUCUCUUCUGAAAUACAGGCAUAACCUGCUUCUCACAGUUCCUGGAUCUCUUGGAAGCAUGGCAUUAGUAAAAACAGUGCCGGAGGGGCAGUUAACUCUCUAAGGAUGAUGUUACAAGUCAGACAGUAAGCAGACUGGUGGUUAACAGUGCUUGUAUGACAGGGCUAGCUGUAAUGAUGUCCAACUAGCAGCUCUGGUCUGAGGCAAAUAGCCAAGCGAUACCAGGAAGGGCUUGUUCGAAGUAAUGGUGGGUUGGAUCAUAUCAGCACAGGGUGGUGUUGGUUGAGGUCACAUUAUGCAGGGGGUGCCCACAGAUGUAGAAACUAUCGACUAGAUUUUCCAGAUGAGGGAGGGACCUCUGCAUUGGGGUUUUUUGAGGGGGGUGGAUUCAGAGGCCUGUGAAGGUUGUUAGGAGAACUUUGGUAAGGGAGGCCUGGCCAGAGGAGUCCAGCACAUGGGCACAUGAAGUAUUCAUGUGAAAGAUGACAUUCACAGUGGCAGAAAACAUUAGCCAUAAACUGCAACUGGAAAUCAUGUUUUGUCCACAGCUGCCUUUUCUGUCCCCUAAGCCAGCAGUCAACUGAAACUGGCGAGCAAACCAUCAACCAUGAGACUUCUAAAAUAUUCUCGCUUUUCCCAUACUGUUUGUGUUGUUCUGUCUGUACUUGAGUCCUCCCUCGGCUACAGGAGAAACAUUUUGCAAGCUUGGCACUGUACUGCACUCAGCCCAGUUCUUGCUCCUGUUUACGUGAGCCCUGAACCUCAUGGUAUCUGAAGGGAAAAGGGGAUAUGCCUUCCCACCAGCCCCAAAGCACAGAGAACCUAGAGGGGGAAGGAAAGAGACUCUCCUGAGCAUCAGAGAAAAGCCUGGGGAAAGGAGAGCCAGAAGGGUGGUGGGAAGGGACGUGGGCGGCUGUCGUCUGCUUCUGAAUCACUUCAUCCAUGGGAGCUGUGAGAAUGCUUGUCUCUUCUAAGAUGAACCAGAAGCUGAACUGCAGUACUCACCCAAGUUCUAGGACUAGAAGGGCAGAUACCACCUUAAAGGGCUCACUUUUGUGCUGCUUUAUUUGAAACACAGGUGUAGACACUGCACUUAUACUUUUAUCCUUUUUAAAUAAAAAAGUAAAAGCUGUUUGGAGAGCAGGUGGCCCAUUGCGUGCCCCGCACCUUCUCUUGUCUAGCUGUGUGAGGCUGCUUUCCAUGAAAUUUUAUUUCUAUUUUUCUAUUUUCCGUAUUGUAUCGACCUUAAGCACUGCGUGUUAUUUCUGUGCUUGCUCGCUUGCUUCUCUAAUAAAGAUGUGUUCCGUGCCUGGGGUCCUUUUG